AUGUACAUCUCGCACGUGGCGGCCGGUGGCCUCUUCCUGGCCUUGCUGGCCCUGGGCUUGGACGGGAAGCCCGCAGCCCGGAGCCCGCAGAAGAGCCCCUCGGGCAACGCGGCGGCGCUGGGGCGCGAACUGGCGGAGCUGCUGGCGGCGGCGGCGGCGGCGGGGCCCGCGGCGGCGGUGGGAGCAGCGCGCAGCGGCGGCGCCGCCACCAAGCAGCCGGCGCCGAAGGGCAAGGGCUCGCCCUCGCGGGCCUCGGCGUCGCGGCUGAUGCGGGACUUGCGCACCGACACCAAGCAGUCGCGGGCGGCCUGGGCGCGCAUGGCGCACCCCGAGCACCACCACGCCGCCGGCGGCGGAGGAGGAGGCGGCGGCGGCGGCGGCGGCGGGUCGCGGCGCUUCAAGGGCAAGAAGGGCCUGGCCAAGGGCUGCUUCGGCCUCAAGCUCGACCGCAUCGGCUCCAUGAGCGGCCUGGGCUGCUGAGCCGUCGAGGGCGGCCGGAGGGCGACACCUAGCGGCGGUCUUUAAAGGGACAUUUAUUCCGUGUUUCAUCAUCCCAUUCCAUGGACAUUUCUGGACACCUCCCUACAGUUAUCCAGGGUCAUUAUUGAUGGACCGCUACGAAAGGUCCGGUUGGACUUACCCUAUUGGUACGAGGACUUGUAGAAGAACCAGCAAUUU